UUUGAGCCCCGGGUGGAAGAACGUCGUGUUCUUAGACGUUUUUCUGUGGCCCGUGUAUCCGGUGUUCGGUGGGAUUUGAUGCAGGGAGGAGGGACGGAGGCAGGGCCAGUAGAAUGCUACGUGUCCCGUGAAGGGCUUAUUACACGUACUGUUACCCAGGCGAUUCAUUACUACGGAAUAGUUACCGAUAAAACACGAAAUACCAAGGUCGACCAAAGCCUCGAGGUCUUUCUGCUAAAGUGGUGAGAUGUCUGGAAUUAAAAAGCAAAGGACGGAUCUCCAGAGAGCCACCAACGUGGUGUACCAGGCCCACCAUGUGAGUAGGACCAAGCGAGGCCAGGUGGUGGGCACCAGAGGAGGCUUCAGAGGCUGCACUGUCUGGCUCACAGGUCUGUCCGGGGCAGGGAAGACCACUGUGGGUUUCGCCCUGGAGGAGUACCUGGUGUCGCACGCCAUCCCCUGCUAUUCUCUGGACGGCGACAACAUUCGCCACGGCCUCAACAGGAACCUGGGCUUCAGCGCCAACGACCGGGAGGAGAACAUCCGCCGCGUGGCCGAGGUCGCCAAACUGUUUGCUGACGCUGGAUUGGUCUGCAUCACCAGCUUUAUCUCCCCCUAUACCAAGGACCGUGCUGAGGCCAGGAGUGUUCAUGACAGGUCAGGACUGCCGUUCUUUGAGGUGUUUGUGGACGCCCCUCUGGCCGUGUGUGAGAGUCGAGAUGUCAAAGGCCUGUACAAGAAAGCCCGCGCUGGGGAGAUCAAAGGCUUCACAGGUAUCGACUCCAGCUACGAGUGUCCAGAGGCCCCAGAGCUGGUGCUGAAGACGGGGGACAUCUCUGUGGAUGAGUGCAUCCAACGUGUGGUGGAGCUGCUCAAGGAGCAGGGCAUCGUGCCUACAGGGGUGACGGAGGAGGUGACGGAGCUGCUGGUGACAGAGAACAAGCUGGACCUGGCGCUGAGCGACGCCAGCACGCUGCCCACCCUCGGCAUCACCAAGCUGGACCUCCAGUGGGUGCAGGUUCUGGCCGAGGGCUGGGCCAGCCCCCUCAAAGGCUUCAUGAGGGAGAGAGAGCUGCUCCAGGUGCUGCACUUCAACAACCUGCUAGAUGGGGGGACCAUCAAUCUGUCCGUGCCUAUCGUGCUGCCCGUGUCCAGCGAGGACAAGGAGAGGCUGGACGGCUGUGCUGCCGUGGCGCUGCAGUACGCCGGGCGCCGCGUGGCCAUCCUGCGGAACCCGGAGUUCUACGAACACCGCAAGGAGGAGCGCUGUGCCCGGCAGUGGGGCACCACCUGCCCUCAGCACCCCCACAUCAAGAUGAUUAUGGAGAGUGGCGAUUGGCUGGUGGGUGGAGAUCUGGAGGUCCUCGAGCGAAUCCGAUGGGACGAUGGUCUGGACCAGUACCGCCUCACUCCACGGGAGCUGAAGCAGAGGUUCAAAGAGAUGAAAGCAGACGCCGUCUUCGCCUUCCAGCUGCGUAACCCCGUCCACAACGGCCACGCCCUCCUGAUGCAGGACACUCGGCGUCGCCUCCUGGAGCGCGGCUACCAGAAUCCCGUGCUGCUGCUGCACCCCCUGGGGGGCUGGACCAAGGACGACGACGUCCCCCUGGCCUGGCGGAUGAGGCAGCACGCCGCCGUGCUGGACGACGGCGUCCUGGAUCCCGCCAGCACCAUCGUGGCCAUCUUCCCCUCGCCCAUGAUGUACGCCGGGCCCACUGAGGUCCAGUGGCAUUGCCGGGCACGCAUGAUCGCAGGUGCCAACUUCUACAUUGUAGGUCGCGACCCCGCCGGCAUGCCUCACCCCUCGACCAAUCAGGACCUGUACGAGCCCACCCACGGAGCCAAGGUCCUAACCAUGGCUCCCGGCCUCACUUCCCUAGAGAUCAUCCCUUUCAGGGUGGCAGCCUAUAACAAGACCAAGAAGGCCAUGGACUUCUACGACAAGGACAAACACGAGGACUUUGAAUUCAUCUCGGGAACAAAGAUGAGGAGGCUGGCUCGCAGUGGGGAGAACCCUCCGGAUGGCUUCAUGGCUAUGAAGGCCUGGAAGGUUCUGACCGAGUACUACAGCUCCUUAAACAAAGACAAGUGAACACACACACACCAAGGAUCUGACACACGCUCAUACGGUACAACGCAAGUUCUUUCUCUCACACACACACUCCAUCCCACAUACACAUUCCAUUUUAUAUAUUAUAUAUUCAGUAUAUUAUCUAUACUGAAGUUACUGAGGUCUAGUGGUCUAGGGAUACUGUACACCAGUUGUGAAUCAUGUACUGUAUAAGUCACUUGUGAUUGAAAUUGUAGUUUCAUACUGUAAGGUGGAUUUUAAUCAACUUUAAUGAACUGGAAAUCAUCUGGUUUGUAUUUGGACCAAACUGAAUCUACAUAUAAUUUAUUAUCCAAUGGUAUGUAUUUUGGGCAAAAUGACUUAAAGGCUUGCCAGAAUGAGUGUAAAUGUUUUAAAAUAUAGUUUUAUGCGUAUGGUUUGUUUUUGUCUCACGUCUAAGGUGCUUAGUACAGAUAGACGGUUUCGAUGUUGCGCUACCAUGCUCAACUGAAUGAACAAAGUGGGAACAUGUAAUCGUUGUACUGUGGGAUAACUACCAAGUAAAGAAAGGGUGUCAAAGGGUUUUCAAGCAGCCUAUCUCAGACAUUUAUAUAAAUGUAUAUUUAUCAAACAAUGCCAUGGUGCCUUACCUUUCAAUGCUAAUAUCCAGUAUAAAUAUGCAAUAUUUUGUAAGUCAAGAUCCAUACUAAUAAAAGCUAAUGAUAAAAGCUAAUAUGGACCUACAUUCAAAUGUAUUGUUUUAUUUCAGCAUUCAUCAGAAUCCAGACUCAAACAUCUCCAUGUUAACGUAAAAUUGUCUGAAACAAAAAUUCAGACAAUACUUCAAAUUUGUUGUUAAUCAAAUUCAGAAACAUCUUAACAACAUUAUAUUACAUAUCCACAUACAAGUAAAUAUAAAAUAAGUCAAAACUUAACAUAAUUCUCUACACUCUCUCUCACACACAGAGAAUGUCAAUGGAGAUAUUGCUCAUCCAUGUCAUCCACAUUCAUUGGCAAAUUAUCCAUAUGACAUUGUAUUAAAUGUACAGUGAACAGAUGCUAAUCUCUGAGACGCACAGGAAAAUCAUGUUCCGUAGGUUCUCUACCUUCCAUUAGCCUGGUUCUACUGACCGUUACAAUGAUCAACCAUUCAUGACAGGCUGAUGAGCCUGAUCAUGCUGAUGUAUGGCCAGACCAGAAGAGAGGCAGGGCAGAGGGAGAGGCAGGAGAAGAGGCAGAGCAGGUGAAGAAGCAGGUCAGGAGAUGAGGCUGGGGGAGAGGCAGGGCAGGAGAUGAGGCUGAGGGAUAGGAAGGGCAGGAGAAGAGGCAGAGGGAAAGAGCAGGGCAGGGGGAGAGAGCAGGGCAGAGGCAGGGCAAUAGGCAGAGGCAGGGGGAGAGGCAGGGCAGGGGAAGAGGCAUACAUGCAGCUGUCACUCACUCUGCCCUUAACCAACAUCUGUCUUCAACAACAACAGAGGGGGAGGAGGGCGGAGUGCUGAGAGCUGAUUGGCUGGCUCGAUGAAACGCACAUACACACGACUGAUCCCACUUCCAGCUGUGAGGGCGUCCAACUGUGUGGUCAGCUACCUAGCCGGUACAAACACAAAGAAACAGCUUGGCCACUCAUAACCACAUCCACACAAACCAACUCGUCUGACCAGUUCCUCAAGACACGUGAUGAAUAAAUACCUGUAACGACUAUGUAGGCUCUGGCCUUUCAAUUCACCACCUACAACUACUACCUAGCAACAUCAGCUAGCUAUCAGCUAUGGUACAGCCCGGCCAGGCUAGCACUGCGUCAUUAUGAACGACCAAAAGGCCAUGGAGCUGUAAACCUGCCUGGAGCAUGUAGUUUGUC